ACUUUSUCCAGUUCCCCACUAAAGUAGUUUUGUUUACGUGCGCCAAAAUUUGUAUAUAAAAUAGGUUCAAAAAUGCAGAAAACCUGCUUAUUUUGUAGAAACACUCGCGUUUUUGAUAUACACAAGGAUUUUGGAAACAAUAGCCACACUGCGAAAAACGAUAUGUUGGAAUUUUUUGGUUAUCAGAUUGAAUCCUUCUUGAGACCUGAUGAUAAAAUUUGCAAUACCUGCAUGAAUAUCAUGGAUAACGUCGCUAAAUUAAAGCGUCGGCUUUUACCUCUUAUUUUCCGAUCAGAACCGUCCAAUAUGGAGGAAGAUUCCAAGCCUAUAAAUUUGGGGAAAAAAUGGGAUAUUUUUGCUUCAAUGAAUUUUGAUGAUGAGAAUGACGCAUUCCUGAACUCCAGAAGCCCCACGCCCAGUAGUUUGCUCAGAUGUAAACGCAUUGAUAUUUACGAGAGCCCCAAGGAGAUGAAAUUUGCUGAAAUAGAACGAUAUAGGAGCUUAAGCCGGACUAGUUUAGCAAAAUCAACCGCUGAAAGUGAAAUUGUUAAUGCAUUAUCUAAGAAACGGGGGAGGAGACGAAAGCGGGGACACAACUGGUCAAAAAGGAAAAACGGAAGAUAUUCACGAAUCAGCACUGAGACUGAGAACAGGAGAAGUGUUAUGAGUGUCUAUAGCACAAGAUCAACUGUGGUGUCAAGACCAAUUAGYUCYAUGUCUAAUGUGAGUGCAGACUCGUAUGAGAGUUUUUAUCCUCCUGGCAUGGUAGCCACUACAUCAGCCCCAGCUCAAGAAAAAAAGAGGGUUCGACACGCUGAUGAAUAUUUAGAAGAUAAACCGACAAGAUCUGUUGCAAAACCACAAGAGGAAGAAAUAUAUGAAUAUGAAUUGCAUGCAUGUUAUGUGGAUGGUUGCACUUUUUUCUGUGAAGAUAUCGAUUUCAUGGAGGAGCAUAAAAUUACAAUACACAAACUACUUGCGUUGUUUAGAUGUAAUUAUUGUGGCAAGAAAUACACUUCAGAUACUGACCUUGAAAUACACAAAAGGACACACUCGAAGCAAUAUUCUUGUGUUAUAUGUCACAAAGAGUUUUAUUUUGAUCGUGAUCUCAUACAACAUUGGCAGGACGAACAUGUUAAAAAAUCAGUUCCAUGCAAAUAUUGUGGAAAACGUUUUGUUGAUCAAAAUAUCUGUAAUAAGCACCAAAAAAAUGUUCAUAAAAGGAAGAUUCCAAGUAGGAUAGAUUACAGUAAAAAUGAGGAACAAAGCAAUAGUCCUAAUAGAGAUUUUGAAGUUAGAACGUUGGUACAAGCAAACUGUAAUAUUUUUGAAACUACAAAACCAAAGGAAAAACCACUCCAAGUGUCUUUUGCUACUACACAACUUGAAGUUACUACGCAAUGAAGUAUAAAGUCAUAGUAUUUAAGUAGAACUUUCUCAGGUGUCCUAAUAAAGAGCGUGUUCAGAGUCCUAUUUGGGACACCUGUUAAACAAUUUCUGUUGAGAUUUUAAGUUUUAUAUUCUGUACACUUUCGUAUUGGCUUUGUUUAGUAACAAUAUCAGUAACAUUAAAAAUAUAUUUUUCUAUUAUAUUAGA